AUGCUGUUGAGAUCACAUUUCAACGCAAUUGCUGCUAAGUGGCUUAGUACAAUUAUUUUGUAUGAUUCACAAAAUCCCAAUGAAUUACAAAGCGAUUAUCUGGAAGGAAUCAGUGAAUUUCAACGGGAAACUGGAAUUGUAACACAAGUUAUAGACGCAAAGGGAAUGAAUCAAUCCAUAUUAAAUGAAAAAUUGCUGGCGUAUGUGGAACUUGCGGCUGAUGGAUUUAUUAGCAUUCUACCAGAACCAAGUAGGUUUCUGGCAGCCCGCACAUAUGCAGCACAAAAAUCAAUUCAAAGAAUCAAAGACAAAUAUCAUUUGUAUCUUCAAGAUGAAGCAAAUGUAGAAGAUUUCUUUGAAUCUGAAGAUUUAGAUUUGUUUCCGUGGCAUAUUAUGGAGCCAGGAAAGGGAAAUACUGACUCUUUAAAUACAGUUUUAUUUAAGAAAGAUCUUAAUUUUUUUGGAAGUGAAGCAAAUAUAUGUAUAGAACUUUGUUUGAUAUGGAAUUGUACUUUAAAAGUCAAAAAUUAUGGGCAAGACGCUUGGGGUGAAUUAUAUGAAAACGGAACGUCAUCCGGUAUUGUUGGAGGUGUUUGGAAAAAAGAAGUUGAAUUUGGAAUUGGAAGCAUUUAUAAUUGGUAUAAUUACGAGUUUGAAGUUGCAAAUGGAAUAGCAAAAUCAGCAGUUCAUAUUAUGGGACCUGCACCCAAACGACUUCCACAAUACUUAACACCAAUAUUACCAUUAUCUUUCAUUUCCUGGAUUAUUCUGAUUAUAACAAUUGGAAUUUGCUCAAUUACUUUAAACAAUCUUAGAUAUUCAGCAAUGCGUUUGAAAAAUCCCAAACAAUCUUCAUAUAAAGUUGAAGUUUUACUAUUAUCAUUUUUGGAUAUUUUUGCAAUGUUUGUACAACAAAGUUAUUCUAAAGUUAAGUAUGGAAUUGUUAUUACAUUAAUAUUUAUAGUAAUUUUUGGUGCUCGGCUCCUGAUUGGUGCUACAUUAUUUACGGCACUUACGAUGGAAAAUAUUUACAGUGGUCAAUUGAAAUCGUUACUAACAAUUCCCUUAUUUGAAAAUCCAAUUGAUACAACAGAAAAAUUUGCAAAAAUGAAUUGGAAAUGGGGUGCUCCAGCUGUUGCUUGGGAGGAUACAAUUGAAGAAUCGGAAAUACCAAAAGAAAAAAUUUUGGCAAAAAAUUUUGAAGUUCAUAGCGUUGAUGAACUAAAAAAAUUAACAUACACAGGUGUUUGGGGAUUCGCAGUUGAAAAAUUACACAGCGGUGGCUACACUUUUAAUGAUUAUAUUGUAGUUGAUGAUAAAGUUAAUUUGAUACUAGUGCAAGAUUACGUCUUCUACGAAUUUACUCGAUUUAUUGCAAUAAGAGGUUGGCCUUUAAAAGAACGUUUGAAUUUUUUAGUUCUUUGGGUUUUUGAAUCUGGCAUAUACAUACAUUGGGAGACAUCGUACACACGAAAAUAUAUUGAUCCGGAUGUUUUACAUUACAUGGUCCAAUUAGAACAUAAGUUUGUACCAAAACCAGAACAAGAACCAUUAAAUAUUUCACAUGUAUCGGGACCAAUAUUUGCUUUAAUUCUCGGUUACAUUUUAUCCGUAUUAGUAUUUGUAUGCGAAAUACUGGCAGUGAAAGUGUACUCAAGUGGUUUAUCUAUUAGUAUGCUCAGCUAA